GGCCUGGCGGGAUUGCGUGGCCUAAGGCCACAUGGCUCCGCCCUCCCACCCCAGACUAUGUAAAACCCCCCGGGGUCGGGGGGCGCCGCGUUUCACUCUGCUCCUGGGGCCGCGGAUAGAGCCCUUGUAGAGGCGGAGCUGCUUCCCCUCCUCAUCAUGAACAGAGGUUUCUCUCGGAAAAGUCACACGUUCUUGCCUAAGAUUUUCUUCCGCAAGAUGUCGUCCUCAGCUGCCAAGGACAAGCCUGAACUACAGUUCCCAUUCCUGGUUGAUGAGGAGACCGUGAACACGAUUCGUGAGUGCAAGACUCUCUUCGUCCUACGGGGGCUACCAGGCAGUGGGAAGUCCACGGUGGCCCGGGCCAUCAUGGAUAGGUAUCGUGAUGGCACCAAGAUGGUGUCUGCCGAUGCCUACAAGAUAAUUCCAGGCUCCCGGGCUGCCUUCCAUGAGGAAUACAAGCAUCUCGAUGAAGACCUGGAUGCCUACUGCCGCCGUGAUAUCGGUGUCCUAGUACUGGACGACACCCACCAUGAGCGUGAUCGCCUGGAGAAGAUCUUUGACCUUGCCGACCAGUACCAGUACCUGGUAGUGCUGGUGGAGCCUAAGACAUCAUGGCGGCUGGACUGCGCUCAGCUUAAGGAGAAGAACCAAUGGCAGCUCUCUGCUGAAGAUCUGAAGAAGCUGAAACCUGGAGUGGAGAAGGACUUUCUGCCACUCUACUUUGGCUGGUUCCUGAACAAGAAGGGCUCUGAGAGCUUGCAGAAGGUUGGACAGGCCUUCUUGGAUGAGCUGAGCAGCCACAAGGCCUUCAAGAAGGAGAUGAAGCACUUUGGGUCUGGGGAUGAACCUAAGGAGAAGAUUUCCUUGGCUUCCUACUUUGUGAAGAGGCCUCCAGGGGUGCUGCACUGUACCACCAAGUUCUGUGACUAUGGGAAGGCUGAUGGGGCCAAUGAUUACGCCCAGCAGGAUGUGGUGAAGAAAUCCUACUCUAAGGCCUUCACCCUGACUGUCUCCGCACUGUUUGUUACGCCUAAGACAGUGGGUGCCCGGGUGGAGCUGGGUGAGCAGGAGCUGCUGCUGUGGCCCUCUGAUGUGGACAAGUUGACACCUGCUGACAACCUGCCUCGAGGCAGCCGUGCCCAUAUCACACUGGGCUGUGCGGCAGGUAUAGAGCCUGUUCAGACCGGUAUCGACCUGCUGGAGAUGCUUCGGCAAGAGAAGGGGGGAAGUCAAGGAGAGGAGGUGAGCGAGCUCAGUCGAGGCAAGCUCUACUCCUUGGGCAAUGGGCAGUGGAUGCUGCGUCUGACCAAAAAGUUAGAGUUUAGGGCCAUCUUCACAGGAUACUAUGGGAAAGGCCAUACUGUGCCUGUGCACAGCAGCCGAAAGGGGGGUGCCUUUCCAUCUUGUACCAUCAUCUAGACAAUGGGUUACUCCUUUAAACUCUUCAUCCCCCUGCUUCCUUCUGUGGGGGUAAGUAGGAGACACUGCCCUCCACUUGACUUUUUUAUGCUAUUAACUCACUGGUAACUUUUCAAAACUUGUAAAAUAACUGCCCCCUUCCAACCUAACACCUUAUGCUCUAAAUCAGAAGGAAUAUUUGAGAGACUGGACCAAAGUCCUAGGAAUUAGGACAUUUUACCCCCCACUCCCACCCCAGCAUUACACACACCCAAUCUUUAGCAGUAGCACUUCUUGGUUCUUUUAGUCCCAAGGUGCUCCACUUUCUUUGGUGUACUUUACAGAGAAGGCAUGUAGCACUUCCACAAGAGAUGUGUUUAGAUGGGUGGGAAGAGCAGAAAGGGGUCUCUUUCUCUCCCCGCCCUCUCCCCCAACACAAGCUUUUACCUUCUUUGUUAAUUACUACAGUUCUGGGAAGCCUGGAGCUGGCUGGAAGGUUUUGGAAGUGUUUACUCUUCCCUUCCUAUGGGUCUAAUUCUUUACUCUCCCAUUCCCCUCUACCUUUUUUUUUUUUUGUGGGGGGGGAGAGGAAGAAAUCUUCAUGAUGAAACUAAUGGGGGAAAAUAGGCGGAGCCUAGAAGGAUUGUACUGAUGACUGACUAGGAAGCGCACAACAGUAAAACAGCUGCCUUCCUGAUAGUAUCAUUGCCCCAUCUAGGAGGGAGGGGCCUUAGGCAGAGAUUCACCCCAUUCUAGUGAUGUAUCUCCCUGUAUAAAUGGGGUUGGGAAGCCUACCCAGGACUGCUGUAUGUUGAUGGGGAAGGCUAGGGCUUGCCUUCUCAGCCAGGCUCCCCUGCUGCUAGGCUGGUAAUGGCCUACUUUCACCUGCCUUCCUCCCUAAGGGGGUUUUUAACACUGCUUUGCAUACUUCAUUUCCUUUCAUAUAACCACUUGGGUGCCAUACUUUGACUCAGGCCUGCCUCCUCUGCAAUACGGGGCCUUACCCAUCAUGUUGUUUCUCAAUACAAGUGCUUGGGAUUUGAGUUAAACAUCCUGGUUUUGCCCCUUCCCUCAAAAUUGUUAAGACCGAUAAUGAAAUAAAUCUCAAUAAUCUUAA